UGCUUUUUUAUGGUCUUCCGUAAACCAGGUCUCGCCCAUUCUCAUUAGAACACUCUCUUUUCCUCCCUCUCUGUCUCUCUCUCUCUCAAUGAGAUGAACCUCUCCAUGCUCUCCAAUGGUGAUGAGACCCUUCCUCCCCCUCUCUUCUGCCUUCCACCUCCCUCGCCUGUCUCUCUUAGUGCCUCUUCCCUCGACUCUCCCUCACCUCUUCUUUUCCCCCUCCUCCCACUACCAUCAUCCACCGCCGGAUUCAGAUCCACAGCAGAAGCGAAUGGGAGGAGGAGAGGAAGAAGAGGACCGGAUCCUGUGCAAAGCCCACCACAUGCUCUCCCAGCCCAAGUGGCCCGAUAGCGCCGACCUCAGCCGCCUCGCCGCCGCUCUCCGCCCGCACCACGUCUCCCAGAUCAUCCUAUCCGACAUCGAUCCCACCCGCGCCGUCCUGUUCCUCCGCUGGCUCGCGGAGCGGAAGUUCUACAAACCCCUUAUCAGUGAUCACUUCGUGCUCAUAGAUCGCCUCCUCGCCGCCGGGAUGUUCGAUGACGCCAAGCGAGCCUGUAGCAAGAUGGUCCAGUCGUGUGAAACUCGCGAUGAUAUGAUCCGGGCCAUUGAAUUUUUGGAUCGUUUGCGGGACAAAAGGCUGGAGCUUGAUGUUUAUGCCUACAACGCGAUCUUGGUCCAGCUGCGAAAGCUAGGUAUGGUUGGGGUUGCGUUGAGCGUUUUUCGCCAGAUGUUCCGCCGGGGAGUGGAUCCAGAUCUUUUUACCUAUAAUUCUCUGAUCAACAUUUUGUGCAAGGAGGGGAAGGUCAUGGUGGCUGCAUCGGUCUUUAGUAGGAUUUUGAUGUGCGAGAUGAGACCUGAUACGUUUACUUACACCUCGUUAAUACUUGGUUAUUGCAGGAACUGUAAUCUGAAUUCGGCUUUCAGUGUAUUUAAAUGGAUGGAAAAGGAGGGUUCUGACCCAAAUUCUGUGACAUUCUCAACUCUCAUCAACGCCCUGUGUGACAAUGGAAGGGUUGAUGAGGCAUUAAUCCUGUUGAAUGAGAUGAUGAGGAAAGGUGUUCAACCCACUGUUUACACGUAUACAGUCCCAAUUCAAGCGCUUUGCAGCAUAGGACGCGUUAGAGAAGCCUUCAGUUUGUUGGCUGAUAUGAGAAGUAGGAAUUGUGCACCGAGUGUCCAAACUUACACAGCCCUCAUCAGUGGAUUGUUCAAGUCUGGUCUACUUGAGCUGGCAAUUGGAUUGUUUCAUAAGAUGCAAAGGGAAGGAGUGACACCAAAUACAGUAACAUAUAAUGCUUUAAUUGAUGAAUUGUGUGAGCGCAAGAGAAUAAAAUGUGCUUUGAGGGUUUUUGAAGCAAUGGAAGGACAAGGGUGCAUGCCCAAUUUGCGGACCUACAAUGAGAUAAUUAAGGGUUUUUGCUUGGUUGGUGUUGUUGAGAGAGCAAUGUCUUUUUUCCAUAGAAUGCUUAUCUCAGGUCCCUCACCAAACCAGGUUACAUAUAAUACAAUCAUAUAUGGCUAUUGUAGGAUUGGUAACAGCAAUAAUGCCAUACGGAUGGUUGAUCUUAUGAAAGAAUAUGAAUGUAAUCCUGAUGAGUGGACAUACACUGAACUUAUUUGUGAAUUCUCCAAAAGGGGUAAUCUGAAUUUAGCUUGUAAGGCAUUUGAAGAAAUGGCUGAACAUAAUCUGAAGCCAACAGUGAUUGCAUACACUUCCCUAAUUGAUGGAUAUUGCAAGGAGGGGAGGUUAGAUGAUGCUUUGCAUUUAUUGGAGAAUAUGGGUGAAAAUGACUGCAAACCAAACUUAGUGACUUUUAAUGCUAUAGUUAAUGGUUUCACAAAGAAAAAUCAGUUAGCAGAAGUUAAAAAGCUAUGUAAUGUCAUGAUGGAGCAAGGUUUGUCACCCAAUGUUGUAACAUAUACAGCAUUGAUUAAUGGUUUUUGUCAGAAUGGUGCCACAUCCCUUGCAAUGGAAGUCCUGGAUGAAAUGAUAAAGCAAGGCUGCCUGCCUAAUCUUCACACUUAUAGUUCUCUUAUUCAUAGUUUGCAUCAGGAGGGAAAGGUUGAGGAUGCUGAGAAGAUGUUUGUUAGCAUGCAAGAAAGAGGAUUAGUUCCAGAUGAAGUUACAUAUACUUCUAUGAUGAAUGGUUAUAUUAUAAUGGAUAGGGUUGAUGCUGCAUUUUCUCUAUUGAGGCAGAUGGUUUGUGCUGGUUGUAAGCCCAAUUAUCUGACUUACAGUGUUUUGAUGAAAGGAAUUUGGAAGGAGAAACAAGUGAUGGAAAACAAGCUUGCAGCUGUGCCGAAUUCAAUCAUUACAUUCAGCUUAGAUGAAAAAGAUCUGAGUAUCGACAUUGUUUCUAGUCUGUUAAUCAGAUUAGAGGAGAUUGGGUACAAACCAAAUAUUGAUGACUAUAGCACCUUGGUUUGCGGCUUAUGUGGACAAGGUAAGUUGUAUGAAGCAAAUCAAGUGGUAAAAAAUAUGGGUGACCAUGGCUUCUCUCCAGACAAAGAUAUUUAUGUUUCCUUGAUAAAAAUAUAUGCAAAUGAUCUAAAUGUCGACCUUGCUAUGGAACUAUUCAAUGCAAUGAAUUCCUCAGGUAUUCAGCCAUGCAUAAUAGGUUAUAAGGCCUUAAUAUGUGCCUUAUGUGAAGUCAACAGGGUUCAGGAUGCUCAAAAUGUUUUCCAGAAUGUGCUGCAACAGAACUGGAGCCCUGAUGAAGUGGUUUGGACAAUACUAAUUGAUGGACUUUUAAAGGGCGGAAAACUAAAUUUAUGCAUGGAGUUUCUUGAAAUGAUGGAAGCUAAGAAUUGCAAACCCACUUCAUAUACGUACAGUAUGUUACACAGAAAAGAAUCUGUAGAAGCCAAGUUCUUGAAAAGCUCCAAGACAUGAGGAUUAAUUCCUUAUGUUAUGAUCUGCUGUCAAAUGUGAAGCAUUGGCUACCUGACUGCUGGAGUGGUAGUUUGCCAACUGAAGCAGUUUAUGGACUCCCAAUUUGGCUAAUUCCAGUCAUGAUUUUUCAAAUUCUACGAGAGAACAAUUCUUCAGUUCCAACGCUUAUUGGAGAUUGAAAAAAAAGCCUAAAGGUGGCGACUGGAAUAUGCCAAUGGCGACCAAGUACAAAUAGCAGCUGAGAAUUUCAUAUCACACACUACCAGAAAUCCAAAACACCUUAAGGUACAACUGAUAUGAGUAUCCUUGGCUAAUGAGUUUUUGACAAAAAUCAUGGCUAAUUUAUAUAUAUGGCAUGAGUUACAAGGUGGCGUCAGGAGAUCCCUUCCUUUCAGUUGAACAGUGAAUACUGAUUUUGGUUCAGAUUUAUGUUUGAGGACUGCUCUUCACCGAAUCAACUUUUCUAGGGAAGAUAUGAGCACAAUGGUACAAGGGUAUUGCUACAUUAAAGUGAAAUAUAAUAACUAAAUGGUUAUAAUUCUUGGCAAGUAUUCUAGAUAUGAGAUCAAGAGAACGUCUUCUUUUGUUUAACAUAGGAUAGGAAUACGGUUAUAUGCAUUGCAAAAUUACUCAACGGAUCAUGUUUGUUGGUCAAGGCCUCGAUUUUAUUUAUUUGAGUCCUUUCUGCCUAACAUUUAAAAUAUUGAUGUUUUCCUGUUGAUUGAUUCUUUUGUAGCUAAAAUUUUGCAUCAUCAUUCAACUGUAGACAGACAAUUCCAGCUGUCUUUUGUUUUCCUUUCUCAUUUUAAUGGAGAAAUUGUCGAAUUUUGUACUUUUGAACAUUAAGGAUGACAUUUCUGGUAAUGUCUGAGUUCUGUUGCAGCCAUGCAUUCUAGUAUUUGGUGAUAUCGACCAAUUUAUAUAAAGAUGAAUGGCAGUUAUUACUGCAAUGUUUCAUUCGGUUGAUCUUGCUGAUCAAAGUUCAUAUCAAAGGCAUAGCCAUUGUUGUCAAAUUUGACAAUGUUGUUUCCGGAUUCAGUUUUAAUUAGUCAACCUCGUUGCUAUGUUUCUGACCUCUAUUCUACUUCUAUUCUUACAGGACCCGCCAUGCUGUCCUAUUGAAACUACAACCAUCAGGAGCCCUUUGCAUAGGACUGUGUUGACUGAAAAUAUACUCUAAAAUGAUUAUCAUUAUCAUAACAUACUUGGUGCAAGAAACCAUAACAAUCUCCGUAAUUUGAAUAAGCCCUUCAUGAGCUGGAUGGACUAAGAUGAAUUUGAUGAUUUCUAUGGUUUAAGCAAUGAAAUGUCUAGGUGCCAGAUUAGUGCUGGUUUUUGUCCAGUUUCAAUAGAUUUGAUAGAACUAACCAUUGGACAUUCUGUAGAUCAGAAUUUGAGCUAUUGGUAUUACCUUUUUUGUUAUGUAAGCAUAAGGUCAUAUACAUCAACUCCUGUUUAGGGCAUGUAUGUUGUCUUACUUUGCAGACACUGUUGGUGGGAGCACUAACCAUUGUGAUCUCCCUUUGUUUGAUCCUGAGGUUAAGGCUUCACGAAUACAAUCAAAUAUGUUGAUGAAUGAAGCAAUGUUGACAAACGAGAAAGCUCAUGUGGAUGCUUUAUUUGGUUCUUCAGUGAAAAACAGAUGCAAGCUAUUGAACUUAGUUUGAAUAUGGGAAUUCGAUGUUAAACAGAGACAGUAUUAUCAAUUCCAGUACUCCCUGCAAAGACAACAUGUUAAAGAAUCAACCAACUUUUGAUUGUAGAAAGCAA